AUAAAUGAUAUUAAUGCAUACUUUCUCUGUUCUUAUAAUUUACCAAAAAUAUACGCAUUUAGACCUACAACAUACUUCUAUCAUGAAUAUACCUGUCCUAUUCACCAUUAUAAUUCAUGAGAGUUAACAGAACUUGUCUUCAAGACUCUCUCUCUCUCUCUCUCUCUUGGGUUUAGAGAAGAAGAGGCAAAAUUCAUUGACUUUAUAUUAAAUUACACAAAUUUGGUCAAGUCAGCUCUUUAAGCUAGAGAUUUAAGUCUACUCACACCCAAAAGAUGAAGCUCAUUCCACCAUCAUUUUAAAGCUCCUUCUAUUCCAAAUGUAAGGGCAAGUAUUUUUUAAGCUCUUAUUAGAGAUGAAGGGGUACAAUAAAGAGGAAGAAAAAGAGACGAAGCCCUCUGAGAAGGAGAUUUUUGGCAUUUGUGGGCCCUUACACCUUAAUUGUGUUGAUUGGAGAAUACCGGAUCAUAGAAGAUCGGUUGCGGCUAGUUUGGUUCAAGGAGUGUACAUUUUAGAGAGAGACCGCCAACAAAAGAGAACGGGGUACAAUGCACUAGCCCCAAUUUGGUGGGAUUAUUUCCAUUUUAAAUGCACCCAAAUCCUUGUAGAUCAAGUUGAUUCCUCCACAUUUGGAGCGAUUUUCGUGUACAAGUACCACAAUCCUAACUAUUAUCACCCCAUGGCAUCCCAAUGUGUACCCCCUCAAUAUGUUAUUGCCUUCCGGGGUACAAUUACCAAACCCGAUACACGUAAACGAGAUCUCUACUUGGAUAUCCAACUCGCCCUAAACGGGCUAACCUGUAAUUCUCGGUACCAAACCGCACUCCAAGCAGUAGAGAACCUCAUGGUCAAAGUUGGUCAACGGAAUGUUUGGUUAGCAGGGCAUUCUCUAGGGGCAGCAAUAGCCCUACAAGUAGGAAAAGAAUUGGCUAAAAGAGGUUGUUACAUAGAAAGUUACCUUUUUAACCCUCCAUAUACUUCUGCCCCGAUUGAGACACUCAACAACCCGAAUUUGAAAACGGGUGCCCGUAUCGCUACUAGUGUUAUAACGGCUGGCCUUACACUUGCUCUUAAUAAGGGUACAAAAAAUAAGUACACUACACAACAACAUGGCCCAUUUACUAUACUUAGUUCUUGGAUCCCAUACUUGUUUGUGAACCCGAAAGACCCGAUUUGUUGCGAGUAUAUCGGGUAUUUCGAGCAUCGAGAAAAGAUGGAAGGAUGGGGUAUAGGUGGGAUUGAGAGAAUUGCAACUAAAAAUUCAGUAGUGGGUUUAUUAUCGGGUGCAUUAGGAAGAGAAGGUGAAGCACUACAUUUGAUUCCCUCAGCAUUUGUUGUUAAGAAUAUGAUUGUUAAAGAACAAGGUCUUAAGAUAUCUCAUGGAAUUCAUCAAUGGUGGGAACCUCAUCCUUUUUGGCAGCCUCAACUUUACAAAAUUAGUUGACAUGAAGGAAAAAUGCAGGGGAAUUAUAUGUUAUUUUGAAAAUUCAUGUAACUACAAAGAAAGAGUUGUGUGAUUUUUUUUUUUUUUUUUCUUAUAUAUAACUAUAUCAAUGUAUAAUCAUUGGUUAAAUUUUGUAUGGGGUUGGGGCAACCUAUAUUACUUGUUUGCAAGUGUAACUUUAACUUUAAGUAGCAAGUAACGUGAUAGAUAUCAUCUCCAAUACGAAUUUAUGAUUUUGUUCUUAUGGGUUCGGAAUACAGUGAAAUAAUUAAAAUAUCAAGAUUCAAAAAUAAACUUUUUAAAAUGAUAAUUUUGAUGUGGAAUAUAUGGGUAUUUGAAGUUCAUUUUGAGGCGGUUAAUCAAUUAUAAUUGAAUUUGGAUAGAGACAAUAGAUAAUUUUUAUGAUUUAACACGUAAUUUUUCCUAAAAAAAUACUUUGAACCUUUCAUCUCCAGAUUGUAAAAAAAAACAAUAUAUAUCCAUAUUAAUAUUUACAGUAUUAUUUAACAACAUUUAUCUAGUAC